AUGUCGAACUUGCUCUCCAAGAAAUCUUGGCAUGUUCAAUCAGCUCGGAAUCGUGAAAGGGUGAGACGAGAUGAAGAAAAGGACAAGGAAAAACGUCAGUAUGAGGAGAAGAAGAGAAAAAAGGACGAGUCUCAACAAGCUCUAGAAUCUUUCAAGAGGGUAAAACCAUCCAUUUCUGAUCAUCAACAGCUGAGUGUGGUUGAUCUUUCCAGCAAUUUGAUUCAAACAAACUCCGAAGUAGAGGACAAAAUCUUAUCCUCUUCAAAACAAGUUGUUGAAGGAGUAUCAUUCAAAAGUGCUCUCAAAUAUGACCAUCAAUCACGUUUUCAUAAAGUAGUGAACAAUAGCAAGAACAACACCAGUCCUCCCAUUCCUUCCGAAAAGAAACAUGUUGCACCCACUGAAAAAGACACGACAGAAAAGAAGAAAGAGUCAAAGCUUCCACCUCCUUCAAUGGAUGACCUUCUCAAAGAAUAUCAAGCUCGGAAUGCAAUCGAAACAGCAAAAACAAAAGCCCUACUGGAACAAUCAAAGAAAAACAAAAAAUGA